AUGGGUAGUCUUCAGAAGGCAACACAUAGUAUGAUCAUGGGGGUAAGGAGCCUAUAUUUUCUACUGCUGUUGAUACAGCUGGGUCUGGCGCUGGACAAGGCCUCCAUCCACGCAUUCAACCCCAGUCGUCUUCAACGGCACAAAGUUCUUCAUCUUGAUUGGCCAAAAGACUGUGGCCUGGCUCAUUUCAAACCAAACACAGCUGAGCGUAUCGUAUCAGGCAAUGAAGCCCGACCUCACUCGUGGCCAUGGCAAGUUUCACUGCAGGUUCGUCCUAGGGGAAGUAAACAUUACGUACAUGUGUGCGGAGGGACCCUGAUCCACAAGAACUGGGUUCUCACUGCGGCACACUGCUUUCAAAAGGGAAAAGCAGAGGACCCUGGUAGUUGGCGUAUUGUUUUGGGUAAACACCAGUUGAAGAGAUCAGAGUCCGCCGAGCGUUUUUUUCCUGUGAAGAGGAUCUACAGACACGAGCAUUUUCGUUAUCCGGCCCACAGUGAGCUGGAUUACGACAUUGCAUUGGUCAAAGCCGCCACGGAUAUCCAAACCACUGAUUUCAUCCGUUACGCCUGCCUGCCGCGCAAGCAGACCAACCUGAAACCAGGACACUACUGCUGGGUAACCGGCUGGGGAGACACACGAGGUGGGAAAGAAAAUGUGUCGCUGGCUGAGACGCUGAACCAAGCUCGACUCCCCAUCAUUGACCAUAAGACCUGCAAACAGAAGAAGUUUUGGGGUGACCGAGUGAGGGACUCCAUGAUCUGUGCUGGGUUCAGAGACACAGAGGGCACGCCCGCCGCCUGCCAGGGUGAUUCUGGUGGCCCUCUGCUAUGUCAGGUGGGGCAAGACCGCUGGGAAGUCCAUGGCGUUGUAAGUUUCGGCCCCAUCGGAUGCACGGUGGAGAACAAGCCCAGUGUCUUCACUCGCACCGCGGCUUACAUCCCGUGGAUAGAGGCCACACGCAUUAGGGAUAUCUUCUUGCACUGAUCUCUCACUUCCCAGAAUUCCCUGCCAACAUCUGCUGGUGCAGGAAGAGCUGUGAUAAUGUUAUGUCCUAGUCUGGAUCUAGUCCUCCUGUUGUGGAUGUGGAAAGGUGUACAACACAACCUCAAAAGUUAGGGUAGUCUGCACCGCUUUCAAGGUCGUUUCUUCACCAUGCAUGUUAGAUUUUUCAGGGCUUGACUUUAGUAUCUCAACUACAAAGUUUUUUGCUUAAGCUAAAUUCCACAGAUCACCUGGUGUUCAGCAAGCUAUAAAUCCUGGCUGUUGUAAGUCACAUUCAUCAUACAGAUACCCCCUCUCUUUGGCAGUCCAUUGCUCAGUCUAAGUGCUUUGAUGGUCAAGUAGACAAUCUCUUAUAUUAUUACACCUGCUAUGGUCUCAUUUUGCAAUGGGUUUCACUGUAUAGAGAACAGGUAUUCUCAUAGAAGAUUGAAACUGGAGUCCCCAUUUUAAGGUGCACUGUGUAACUUAUAGAAGGAACUUAUGCCAGAAAUUAGGGAUGCACCGAUACUGGUAUCGGGUAUCGGCCACGAUACCACAUUUUCUAAAGUACUCGUACUCCUUAAAAGUCCCCCAAUACCAGGGAUCAAUACCACGGUCUAUGUUUGAGCAGCGUGUAAGGGGUUAAUGCCUCUUGUGUUGUCCAAAGAGGCAGAGUUUACAACAAACUGGAAAACUAGUCCCUUGUUUUUUUGUUAAAUUAUAUGACUAAAGCUGUUACCUGUAAAUUUAAAUCAUGUUUUUUAUUAAGUACUCGGUAUCGGCAAGUAAUGAAAUGCAAGUACUCGUACUCGUAUUCCAAAAAAGUGGUAUCAGUGCAUCCCUACCAGAAAUGCAAUAUAAUAUACAUAACUAUAUUAUCAGUGGUGUAUAAAGACCUUACAUAAUGAACUGUAUUGUUUUAUUACCUUAGAAUGAGAAGUUUUAUUUGCAUACACUGUGGAUGGCCUUACAUGGAAGUCACCGUCAUUUUCUACAGUAGCCCUAAAUGGACAAUCUGCUCUACAGAGCGUGUUUUGUCACUACGUUAUCUCAGAUGAUGACAUGUUUGUUUUGUGACGCCUACCGUAGCUUCACCAUACGCUUCGAAAGGGAGGGGUGAGCUGUGGACCAAGCAGUUGGUUGCAAUUCACAAUCUCACCACUAGAUGCUGCUAAAAAUCUACACAGUGCACCUUUAAAUCGUAAAUUACAAAACAUAGCUUGGAAAAGAAACAAAAAUUAGUUCUUGUAUUUAAUUAAUGCAUAAAAUAUAAGUACAGUACUAACUGAAUAUUAGAAUAUAUUGAUAAAUAAUAAACAACAUGUGACCCUGCUUGAGAAAACCCAGCUAAAACCUGUUCCUAUAUAAAAUCAUCCUACAUAACACUGGAAAAAAGUUGUACAUUUUAUUUACAAAUUUGGUUGAAAUCAAUUUAUUUAAGCUACAUUUAAAAAAUUUUUUUUUUAGAAAAAUAAAAUACUUUUGUUAAAAUGUAGCUUAAAUAAAUUGAUUGCAACCACUUACUUUAAAAAAAUUGAAUGAAUUUUUUUUUUUCAGUGAAUGUAAAGAACAUUCUGUGAAUAUAUAACCUUGAUAUCUUUAAUACUGACUAGGGUCAUGUCAAAGACAUGUGAAAUCAAACUUUGGAUGCUCCUAAUCUCAUCAUUAGAUUACAAGAUUUUAGCUUGGAUUGCACAGACCUGUCACAUAUCAAUGUAAGAAUUUCUUAUAAUGCUUUCCCUCUGCAAAAUGUAACCACAUGUGUAUAAUUAGACAUGUAAAACAAAUCAUAAACCUUAACAGUAAAAACAUGAAUUCUGUAAUAUGUCAUUCUACACAGCAUACAUUAUUUGACUGUUCAAAUAAAGGUGUAAAACGAGACCAAAAACUAUUUUUUGUUUACAAUUUUAAACACCAAUAAUGUUAAAUCAAUGUGCAUCAUUACAAAUAAAUGAA